UAGAGUGUAGUGAGGGUAGAGGUGGACUAGACGGCGAUGAGACAGAGAAGCACAGGGUCAGCAGUGGAGAAGACAGGGGGAAUGGAAAAGCAAGGGUCGCGGACGCACCGGGUUUCAAGAGAGUCGAACUUGGGAAGGAUGCUGUACAAGGGUUUGUCAGGGUCUGCGCAAGCUGUGUUUGCCCAAGCACGACAUGCACACAUAGCGACAUGGGCCAUCGCGUGGCUCCGGUCAUGCCACAGAGCGCUGAGGGCGUCCAGGUGGAGAUCCCAAAGCGAGUGCGUUCAACGGACAGCUGGGAGGUGCAUGACCCCCUUGUGUUGUUGCUAAAACGACCACGGACGGUUAGCCAGCUUGGGGCCCCGGACUUCGAGGACUUGAGCAACAUGGGUUGUUUGUGCGCACCUUGCCCGAAGGAGAGGCCCCCUUGCGGGACAACUUGGAAGGGCUUGGAUCAGAGUGCCCACAUCCACUCACUGGCCUGGUCGCAAGAGGUCAAAACCCGAAUCUACUGCUGCGCCUGCCCGGAGGCCCACACCAUCUACUACAACGGCGAGUCACUGGGGCUGUACACGUGGACCAGAAACGUGAUCGUCACGCAGGAAUCUUGCCAGCGGCUACUUCGGAUUAUUCAAAAUACGGGCUCCGCCACCAACGCCCUGAUUGCCAGCGAACAGGAGGUUCGCCGGCUCUAUAGUCCUGGGGGCGUAUCGUUGUCGGAGGAGAGCUGGCGCAAGGCCAGUUUGGCCUUCUUCCGUCUCUGCGGCCGCUCAAUUCUAGAGUGUUGCAGCAUAUGUGGCAUUCAUCCGGAGGUGAUGCUCUGCGACGGAAUCGCAGGGCUUGCGUGUGCUGACGGGGGCCGGCAAAAGGGGGGUUUGGCUGGUACGAGCACGGAGGGGGUGAGGCCUUUCACUGCGCCCAGCCGAGAUGAGGCCGGCGCGCCGGUUGUGAAAACAAUGGAGGCGGGUACCAAUUUCUGCUCUGUGGCACUAGAUGGACAUGGACUCAAGCGUCGGCUGGUUCACCAACCUGAAGUGCGGGCGCUUCUGGCAAGGUUUAGCCAGCAUCAUCCCGGAGAUCCUCUCUGCAACAAAGAGUACGACGAACUCCUGGUGGCGCUAGAGCGAGACGAUGUGGAGGUCGUGUCCGAUUUUAUGAGGAUCACCGACUAUGGCGAAGAUGAAGACCCGAUGCUCUUUCAUUGGAGGCGUCGGAUCCUCACCGACCAGAUCGGCCAAAUCAGAUUGAAGAACCGAGCGGUCCUCACAUUACUUGAGGGCAUAGAGGCGGAGGUGAUUGCGGGUGGCGGCCACCAGCCCAUCAGGUGUCCUAAGCAGUGGAGAGAGGUUCUCUACGGGUUAGGGGCACCUUUCGGGGUCUCGGAUGACAGCAACCCUAUCCGGCACGGUUUGGCGCUUGGUGUGGUCAGAAAAAUGCUGCUCGGGGAAGCUGCUAGUGCGGGGAAUAAGGUGAUCCUAGCAGAGCAUGCCCCCAUUCUUCGGCGCCUGCUCGAUCACUCUGGUGACUUCUUUCCCACCUACUUCCUGCCGGCGCUCCACCAUUUGUACCGGCUAACUCUUUUUGGCCGCGGGGCAGUGGGGCUUGGGGUGGGCCGGGCUGGUUGGGCGCACUCGGCAGUUGAAGGGCUCGACCUCUGUGUUUGGCUGGAACGGUCUCGCAUGUCAGAGCCGGGGGCAUGGUGGAACGAUGACCGGCAGCAAGCUUAUGCAUUUUGGAAGGCCCGAGCAAACAUGCUGCUUCCAGGAGUCGAGACUUUAAAACCCCCGCCCCCGGAGGUAUACCCUCUCAACCAAGCAGAGAGCGUGCUUUUGAAUGAGCGCCUGGGCUUGCAACCGGACGGAAACCUUCCCCAAUCCCUCCCUCCAAACCAUCCCUUCGGACAAGAGCAACGAGCAUUAGGCUGCUACCCUUUGCCCGGAUGGGAACAGUUACGACCUACUCCUCAGUACAAGCCUUUUGAGGACGAGCUGGGCACGUCGGUGGAUCGGAGCGAGGAGCAUCGGUGUAAGACCGGACUCACGGUGGGGGCGUUCGAUGCCAAGAUUGCCGCUGAAAGCGGAAGCAAGUCCGCCAAAAGGCUUCAGCAACACACCAAGGGGGGCUUUGUGUUCUGCUGCCCCCACCGAGUAAUCUAUGGAUUCCAUGUGAUGCUGCGAGGGGAGUCUCCGCGUGAUCCUUUUACGGUUCUUUACACGCGCCUGCACCGGCACCACCUUCCUCGCUACUUGAUCUACGACAAUGCCUGCAAGCUGCACGCCUACUGCAUGCGCCGCGAGCCGGCGUUCUUUGCUGAUGUACGGUUUCUGGUCGACAGAUUUCACUUCCAAAAAACCGGGUGCGGUGAAGCACACAAGUGCGGGCCAUCCUUUAACCCAGAUUACUACGACCCAGUUGAGGGGAGUGGCCAGCGCCCAAUCCCGUUCACCAGCGCACGAGGUCUGGUGACCAUCAUCAACCUCCUGCCGGGCAAGAAGGCCGCUCAGUUCCGCCUCAAGUGCGCAGAUGUGGUCGUUCGUUAUCUCGGUGGGGACGAGAGCCUCGUGGCAGAGAUCAGGCGCAACAAGGAGGUACAGAGUCAACUGCCAGCCGAGCAUCCCGCCCGCGUGUUCGGAGAGACCGUCGAGGCCGAGGGUGGCAGAGCAGACCCAGAAGAGAUCGACUUGCUCAAGAAGAUCAAACGACAGAAGCUCGAGAACGAGCUGGCGAGCGAGCAACGCAAGUUGGAGACUCACGAGCAACGCAAGCUGGCAAACGACGCUCUUCAGCUCCAAGUAGCCAGAUUCGAGAUAGGGGCCAACACGUUCCGCCAUCUGGCCCAGGAUGCACCGCCUGUCGCCGUACAGAUCCGAAAGGGGGUUUGCGUGUGCCCUCUUCCUCACGGACGAAGACACAUCCAUCGCCCAACGUAUACAGAUGCGGGUCACUGUGCUCACGGUCCCAAAGGCAGAGUGUAA